GAGCAUAGUGACUCCGAAUGCGAAGCGUAGUGGAGCAUUAGUUAUCUAUUUAGUCAACAAUUGGUUUCUUAACACUAAGGAGUAUACACCUAAGGCCCGAAGGGUGACUCGAAGAGUCAUGGGUGGUCUUCAAGCAUCUGAAGUU